UCUGCUUUCCUCCAUCCCUCCUCUCUCAUCUGACAGACUUCUUCUCUGCUCUGCUUGCGACGCGGAACUGCGAAAAGGCAUCGGAUUCCGUCCAUCCCGCCAAGGGUUUAUUUAACUUAGCGCUUUUUUCCGGACACGAUGAAGCGCCACUCUGCUAGCAGUCUGGCGGUUAUGGCUAUCAUGACGCUAUUGGCGGUUGGCCUGGUUUUGCUGGCUGCGUACCCGUCUUCGGUAGCCGCUUCCCGUAAGCGCUUUGAUUGCUAUUGGGACAAAAACAACGACGGGCAUAUCUUCAAAAGAAUAAAUUGCAAAUCCGAUAAAAGCGCAUCGUCCUUGAAAGGGUGUCAGAAGAAGUGCCAGGCGAAGAGAGAGUGUUAUGGGAUUGAGUGGAUCCCCGAUCAACAGUUCUGGGAGAACGGAAAGGAGUGCUGCUUUCUCAUGGAUGAGAUAGGCGACUGGGAAUUCCAAGCGAACCGCGUAUUCUGCCAGUAGCGUGAGAGCAGAAUCGGACUAGCAUAAUUAUCCUGAAUGCAUCUGGCCGUAAUAACGGCCGUAGGUCGAUGAAUCUGACGGAAAUUGAGUCCAGAAAGAAGUAAAAAAUAGUCUGGCGAGUGCGAGUAAUGUGCCCUUAGUUAAUUAGGUCAUUGCGACCGAUGACGUGCCAAGCGGGGGAGAGAAGAUUGCCCUCUCUCCACUACUGAGGUCCAGAUACAUGUCCUAUGGAGUAUACACACCCGGAGUGUUUUUCUUUUUUUUUUUUUUUUUUUUUUUUUUUUUACCCGGAGUAUUUUUGUACUGGAGAGAGGCCAGAUGCCGGGAAAAAAAAAGAAAAAAAAAAAAGAGAGACAGGCCUGAUGACUCGACCGCAAGUGGCCGAGUAGCACAGCCAGUUUUUAAAGA